AUGGAAAGUAAACAUUUUUAUGGUGAUCAUAUGACUCAUGAGAAGGUUAGGGAAUUGUUAGAUUCAUCAAAUGUUACUUACGAGGAAACUCCUAGUUUCUUUAAUGGUAACAUAAUUUAUUCACAAAAACCAACAAAAAAAGAUAAUCUAAAAUAUCGUAUUGAGUACUUGAAAGAUGGAACAGCAAUAUAUUACAAAAGAAGACUAGGAGACUUUAAGAAUAUUUUCUGUUGUUUUUAA